AUGAGCACCAUACAGAAUAUCAAGAACUUCAUUCGGCAUGGGAAACAAGCUCGGUUGGUGACCCCCCACUCCGAGCCCACCACCGACGUGUCCACCAUCCACGCCGAGCAACAACCACAGCCCCAAGGCCAAUUCUCCCCCGCCCUCGGCGCAUUCGAUACGGGGGAUCGCGAAAAGCAUGGCCAGGCAGCCGCCCAGAAGCCAUCCGACGCCCAGGUCCGGCGGGAUCGCUCCGUCGAAAUUGAACGGUUGGUUGCGGAGGAGAACAUGAAUCGCUCCAAGAUGCCCAAAUACCCCGGUCUCGAGCGUUGGAUUUUAGUCGAGAAGAUGGGCGACGGCGCCUUCAGCAACGUCUAUCGGGCGAAGGACUCUACUGGUCAGCAUGACGAGGUGGCCAUCAAGGUGGUGCGGAAGUUCGAGAUGAACAGCAAUCAGCGAGCGAACAUUCUCAAGGAGGUCCAAAUCAUGCGCAACCUCGACCAUCCCCACAUUGUGAAACUGAUCGACUUCUCCGAGUCCCGCCAAUAUUACUACAUCAUUCUCGAGCUCUGCCCUGGUGGCGAGCUGUUCCAUCAGAUCGUCCGGUUAACAUACUUCAGCGAAGAUCUCAGCCGACACGUGAUUGUACAGGUUGCGAAGGCAAUUGAAUACUUGCACGAGACAUCGGGCGUGGUGCAUCGUGAUAUUAAACCGGAAAAUCUACUAUUCUACCCGAGUCCCUUCGUACCGAGUCGCCGUCCCAAGCCCCAACAACCGGGUGAUGAAGAUAAAGAAGAUGAAGGAGAAUUUAUUGCGGGCAUCGGCUCCGGUGGUAUCGGGAAGAUCAAGAUCGCGGAUUUUGGGCUGUCCAAGGUGAUCUGGGACAGUCAAACUAUGACUCCUUGCGGAACUGUCGGGUAUACAGCCCCAGAGAUUGUGAAGGACGAGCGCUAUUCAAAGAGCGUCGACAUGUGGGCCAUGGGCUGUGUUCUCUAUACGCUUCUCUGUGGUUUCCCACCCUUCUAUGACGAGAGCAUCCAGGUGCUUACAGAGAAGGUGGCGCGCGGCCAGUACACCUUCCUCUCGCCGUGGUGGGAUGACAUCUCCAAGUCUGCCCAAGAUCUCAUCUCCCACUUGUUGACUGUGGACCCGGAGAAGCGUUAUACCAUCAAAGAGUUCCUGGAGCAUCCUUGGAUCCGACAAACCAACGAAGAAACGACUCCCGCAGCUGAUGCGCCUCCCUGGCUACGCCAAUGGGCCAGCUCGCGUGUUCUGGAUAUUCCGUCUACUGCGUCCGAACGUCGAAUGGAUUUCCGCUCGCCUGGCGCGUUCAACCUGCGGGAAGUGUUCGACGUCGGUUAUGCCGUCCACAGACAAGAGGAGGAAGGCAAGCGCAGGCGGAAUCGUCAACAAAAUGCUGCUCGCAGUGGUCAUCCAUUGGCUGGUUUCCAAUCUGCUCUUGGCUCUCUCAACGAAACUUAUGAUGAUGAAUAUGACUAUCGUCCCCAGGCUGAAGGAAACCGAGACCAGCCACCGACCAAAGUCGCCAAAGGCAGCACCCAGCAAGGAGGCGGCGACAUGGCAGGCAUGGAAGCCAAGCUCCGGUCCACGAACCUCGGGGCCCAGAGCAGCGCUGCCCAAGCUCGGCAGGCCGCCCGUCAACCACGACAACAAGGCUACGGACAGCACGAUGCGACUGUGGCUGCCGCAGCCAAGCAAGCUAUUCGCAAGCCUAAUGCAGCUUUCGAGCUUAGCCUUGAUAAUGCGACGUUGCUCGAGAAGCGUGGACGUCGGAAUCAGGCGCCACCGCAACAGCAGCAGCAGGCGGUCUAA